GGCCACACUGGGCAGGUCUGUGGGAUGGUGAGGGCUGUGCUGGCUGCAGGAUCAUAACUGCAGAGGAGAGAGCAGCACGUGGAUCUUCCUUGUCGUCAGGCAGAACUCUUCACUGAGGUGGGCUCAGGGAGGGCUCUGUGCCUGCGUUCUGGUGAGCAAUAGCCAGAAGCCUUGAGAGGCAGAAGAGGCACUGAGCAAUCGAUCAGCAGCUGCUGCCCCGGCUAACUGAACUCUCUCAUCCAGCUGCAGGUGCAGAGACAGUGAGACCUGACCCUGCCUGAGCCAUGCCAGCCAACCUCACAGAGGGCAGCUUUCAUGCCAACCAGACUGUGCCGAUGCUAGAUUCUUCCCCAGUAGCUUGCACUGAAAUUGUGACGUUCACUGAAGCACUGGUGGCUGAGGAGUGGGGCUCCUUCUACUCCUCCUUUAAGACAGAACAGCUGAUAACCCUGUGGGUCCUGUUUGUCGUCACUAUUGUGGGAAACUCUGUUGUGCUGUUCUCCACGUGCAGAAGAAAAAGAAAGUCCAGAAUGACCUUCUUUGUGACACAAUUGGCCAUCACAGACUCCUUCACGGGCCUGAUCAACAUCUUGACAGACAUUAUUUGGCGAUUCACAGGAGACUUCAUGGCCCCUGACCUGGUUUGCAGAGUCGUCCGCUACUUGCAGGUUGUCCUGCUGUAUGCCUCUACCUACGUCCUGGUGUCCCUCAGCAUAGACAGAUACCAUGCCAUCGUUUACCCCAUGAAGUUUCUUCAAGGAGAGAAGCAAGCCAAAGUCCUCAUCGGAAUAGCGUGGAGCCUCUCGUUCCUGUUCUCCAUUCCCACGCUGAUCAUAUUUGGGAAAAGGACACUUUCCAAUGGUGAGGUGCAGUGCUGGGCACUGUGGCCGGAUGACUCCUACUGGACCCCGUACAUGACCAUCGUCGCCUUUCUGGUGUACUUCAUUCCCUUGGCAAUUAUCAGCGUUAUCUAUGGCCUUGUGAUCCGAACUAUUUGGAUGAAAAGCAAAACCCAUGAGACGGUGAUUUCCAACUGCUCAGAUGGCAAACUAUGCUGCAGCUACAACCGAGGGCUCAUCUCUAAGGCAAAAAUCAAGGCCAUCAAGUAUAGCAUCGUCAUAAUCCUUGCUUUCAUCUGCUGCUGGAGCCCAUACUUCCUCUUUGACAUAUUAGACAACUUCAACGUCCUUCCAGACACCAAGGAGCGUUUCUAUGCCUCUGUGAUUAUCCAGAACCUGCCCGCCUUGAACAGUGCCAUUAACCCCCUCAUCUACUGCAUCUUCAGCAGCUCCAUCUGCUCCCCCUGCAAGAUGCAAAGAUCACAGGAUUCCAGAAUGACAUACCGAGAGAGAAGCGAGAGACACGAGAUGCAGAUUCUCUCCAAGCCGGAAUUCAUCUAAACCCUGAGGCAGUAGUGCUAGGCUGAACUUAGUCAGCUCUCCUGGAUCUUUACCAGUUAGUGUAUGCGCUUGAAUCCUGAGCCAGUUCCUCCUCCUGACUCCUGCCUCACCUAGCAGAUAUAUGAAGCCAACUUUCUAAUGAGGGCAUGCCACCUGCAAUUCACGCACUAGCCACCAUUCUCCUAACACCUCUUUGUGUCAGCUUGAAAAGAUACGUUUCUCUUUCUGAUGUCUCCCAGACCUUCUUCCGUUAGCCCAGCACCUGCAUCAUCAGUGGCCCUGUGUCCUUGUGAACUGAUGACAUAGGCAAGCAGAAAGAUAUUGGAUGGCUAUCCCUGAGUCAUCUAAUUACAAUUUUGAAAAUAAAUGUGAGACUUAACAAAGGUUAGACUCUUAAAAAAGGUUAGACUCUUAACAAAGGUAAGACUCUGGUGGAAAUCAGUUUUAUAUUGGAAGUUUAGGGGGUGUAGAUGAGAUGUUUGCUCCUGAAAUGCCAAGAAAUUCUCAUUCAGACCCUGCUACUGUAUACAUCUCCAAGUGCAGGAGGAAAUGUUAGCAAGAGCAAACUCCCAAGCAUUGUGAUUUGUGAAAAAGGCAGUACAGUUUCCUGCAAAACAAGGACACCAUGCAGGCACAUUAUCACCUAGCAGAAUGAGCACACCAAAUAGUGAUAGACCCUGAUGAUGAACUCCAGAAUGAGAGCUGAGACCUUAAACUCACAGCACUUCGGACUGUGUAAAGGUUCUUCCCUUCCCUGAAUCAACAUUCAAGCCACCCUGAGUUCAUUCCACACACCUCAGGGCCACUUCUGCCCGUCCUUACUCUCAGACUCCUCAUUCCACACACCUCAGGGCCACUUCUGCCCGUCCUUACUCUCAGAAUCCUCUUCAUCUAGGGACUCAGCUUCUUGAGUUUCCAAAACAGUUUUUGCAAGCUCUUUGCUGUGUGCUGUAGCCUUUGUCUAUCUGGCACCUCUGGCACCUCUGCAAGGAUGUGCUGGUGGGGCUUAUUUUGAUAGGGCUGCAAUUCAGUAUUUAUAAGUAUAAUUCAAAUGAACUAUGACUAAAUGUUUUCGAGUCAAUUUUUUUUUCCUUCAGAUUUUGCCAGAAGUGGAAAUGGCAUCAUUUGACUGUGUGUACAUCUCCACCCACAGCCCUAUGAUGCAUGUGAACACACUAUUUUUAGCUUCUCAUACAGUCUUUGACAUUGAAAUCUCCUUGGCAAAAUCCUCCAUUCCAGAGUUGAAACCUUUUCUUGUCCUUUUGGCUGACUGCUGGUUGAGUCGUUAGCAUGUUCAGUCUAUUUUAUAAGCACCCAUUCCUCAUUAUCUUAUCAGCUCAAAGACUGCCUGCUUAAGGUCAUGGUGGUAAUUUUUCCACAAAAUUCUUUUUCAAUUCCAUCUGACAUUAGGGAAAGCAUCUCUUUAGGCAGAAAUUAGACACGGUACCAACUGUCUCUAAGUUAUUAGUCCCCAUGUUUGAGGAGACAGAAUAAUCUACCUUUCUGUUCACACAACAGAAAGCGACUUUCUUCUUCAUCCAAUCAGCUAAACUUGAGCAAGCAGAAGCAUUGAGUGGCUAAGAAGUACCUCUCAGCAUUUCUCUUUAAAUCAAGAUGUGCCAGAGAAAACUCAAAGAACUGUUGCUGAAAUAGCUGCCAGUAGAGGAGCCAAUUAACAAGUAGAAUCUGGUAGGUGUCCUAGCUAGCAAAACAGGAGGCCCAGGCCCUUGAUAGAUGCUUUCCAUCUCUGUCAAGUUCUGGUCUACCAGACCUGUCACAUGCCUGCACCAUCCACUGAUCGAUUCUUAACAUUAAAGAGAGAGAGCAGUGAAAGUUAUUUUUCUAUCCAUGGACUGUGACGGUAGCCUACAGGAGCCUGUGGCUCUCCUGCUCACAGGAGCCUGGAGAGCAAUAAGGUUGUUGUAGGAAAGUACAGGUUGUUGUAGGAAAGUUGCCAUCUAUGCAGAACUUGCUCUACGUUGAGAUGGAGUCUGAAAUCUUCACAGGCCUUGUUUUCCAAAAUUGGAAAACAUGCGUUAAUCAUGAUAGUCCUUAGUCCUAUGACCCUGGGUGAAUCAUGCUGUGUCUCUGGGCACCACUAGUCUCUCUCUAACAUGGGGGCAGAAUGACAGUGGAGCAGAGGACAUUGAGGUUUAGAGACUGUCAUAGAUUAAAUUAGACUUGCAGAAAAGUGCUGCUAGAAUUCUCCCCUUUGAAGACUAACACUACCGUGAGUCAAGGUUGAGUCAUCCCUUUUGGAAGUAUAAAUUUUCUCCUUACCAUAUGAGCUCAGUAAUAUCCCAAACAGGAAAGGAUGUAAUAGAAAAUUAGAAUGUAAACCACAGUGUUGCUAUCUGUAGCCCUUGAUGCUCCCAUGGGACAAGUAAAAAGACAGUAAGGUGGCAUUUAAAAUAAAGGUGCCUACCUUCCACACCAAGAUGUUAAAAAAUGUGUGAAUGUGUGAGUAUAUUAUCACACAGCUUCAAGGACAGGUAAAAAUUUAGGCUGAUCGGGCAAAUGUGUUUAAAAUAUUCAGUAACACUACAGAAAAUAUCUCUUUUAUUGAAAUAAAUUCAAUAUGAAUGGCAAAAGAUUCUCUUCUUUCAGGCCAUAUUUACAACACAAUUUAAUUGAGAUUUAAUUUCAUCAAGCAACAGCUCCCACAGGCCAACCCACCCCUAUACCAAAACACUAAUACCUUUUUAAUGACUUUCACUGUGAUAAUUAUGAGAAUAAUGUACUUUUGAACUAAUUCAGCAUACAUCUCAAGCAUUCUGUCGAGCUUGGUUGAGACAGCUCUGCAUAGAAAUAUUAAGAAAUGUGCUCGGCGAUUCCCUCGACAUUCACAGUAUGGAUUUUAAAAGAUUGUAGGCCUUAAUCUCAUGAGGAAACAGGAAAACAAAACAAUAUUUUUAUGAGAAAAUAAAGGAAUUCUAGUCUUGGAUGUUGGUUGAUAUUUUAGGGAAGCUGCACAUUUGACAGCCUAAGUCUGUUUUUUUGUUUUGUUGUGUUUCAGUUAUCAUUUGAGUAUAGCUCAUUAUGUAUGCAGCUCUGUUCCUACAACCUGGCAACCUUCAUUCCUGUAAAAGGAGAUGGCCCUUACCAAGCUGCCAACUUUCUUUCCUGGAGAACUAUGAAACAGUCAUGCCUCAUUUAAGAAUUCAUUAUCCACAACAGGGCUAGACCAGUUAACAUUUUAAACAUGCAAUUCCAACCUCAUAGAAUGUUUAAAUGAGUGGGAGUCUGCUCAGAUACUCCCAGGAAAGAUCCCGGAAGUGAGGGGGUUGGGGUAGCUCAGAGUUGCCAACAUAACUGCAUACACAUCAAAAGGUGAUUAAAUGUAAUGGAAGUAUUUGAAGUUCAUUCAAUUACAUUAAAUGAACAUAGAAUGCAGAUUAGAAUUAGACAUUGAUAUAUCCAGAAUGUACAUAAAGCUUUCAGGAUAAUUGUUAAAAGAAUAGAAACAAUAUGCAAUUUUCAGAUUAAAAAAGGGUAAUGCUGGAUGUGGUGGCAACUGCAAACCCAGCACGUGAGAGACAGAGACAGGGAGACCAGAAUUCAAAGCCAUCUCAUCUACAUAGAUCUGGAGACUAGCCUUGUCUGAAAGAGAGAAAGCAGGAGGAAGAGAAAGUGGAGGGAGACCACCUCCCUGUCUUCUCUCUCUCUGUUCCCCACCUCACCACUUUGGGCUUACAGACCACAAUUUUCUUUUCCAAGUGAGGUCCCAAGUGUCUUUAUGUUCCUGGCUUGUUUCACUUAACAUAAUAGGUUUUAGCUUUCCCCAUGUUAUUGAUAAUAACAGGAUUUCAUCCUUUUUUUUUUUUUUUUUUUUUUUUUUUUUUUUUUUUUGCACUAAGGUGCAGGGAACUAAAACUUCUUUAUCCAUCUACACAUCAAUGAGCACAUCAUUUGAUUCCACAGCUUGGCUACAAUAAAUAUAGGAAAUCAGAUUAUCACUUCUAAAACUUUGCCAUUUGUGUGGUUAUUAUCUGUUAGUUGAUUUUUUUCAAGGAAGGAAGGAAGGAAGGAAGGAAGGAAGGAA